UUGCCCAACAUGCAGUUGCUGUAGUCCAGCCCUUGUCCUGUAUCUGAUAGGUCAGUGUUGCGUGUUCUCCAUAGCCCUGACAGUCGGCCUCUUCCGCGCUGGCCGCCAGGCGUAAGAUGUUGCCAUGUGUAAGCUGUACAGGAAACGCGUGUUCUUGCCAUUUUUCUUACUUGUGUGUGUGUGUGUGUUUUUUAUAGCUUAAAAAGGAAAUUGCACAGUGCGUUUCCUCCUGCCUCGGCCCCGCCCCUGUCUCUGACCCCCGGAGGUGUUCCCGAAACACCUUCACUUGCAGAUUGGCCUUCCCGCCCACCGGCCACUGCCGGGGCCAUGCCCCUGCGGCCAGGCACUGGGCAGGCCCAGCAGCCGCUGGAAGGAGAGCCGUGGCAGGGGGCCAGGCGGGCGUUCGGAGGCUCCGUGCGUCCUGGGCUGUAGACACCCGGUUCCGCUGAGGAUACUGCAGCCGGCGCCGCGAUGGACGUGGCAGCGGACGCGGGCUGGGCCGUGGCGGACCUGGCACUGGACAUGAACGCGUCAGGCCCCGACAACGCCACGCUGCUCAUGCUGCAGAACCCGGCCAUCGCCGUGGUCCUGCCCGUGGUCUACUCCCUGGUGGCACUGGUCAGCAUCCCCGGCAACCUCUUCUCCCUGUGGGUGCUGCUGCGUCACAUCGGGCCCACGUCACCCUCGGUCAUCUUCAUGAUCAACCUGAGCGUCACGGACCUCAUGCUGGCCGCCGUGCUGCCCUUCCAGAUCCACUACCACUGCAGCGGCCAGCACUGGGCCUUCGGCGGCACGCUCUGCACAGCCGUCACCGUGGCCUUCUACGCCAACAUGUACUCCAGCAUCCUGACCAUGACCUGCAUCAGCGUCGACCGCUUCCUGGGCGUGCUGUACCCGCUGGCCUCGGCCCGCUGGCGCCGCCGCCGCUACGCCCUGGCUGCCUGCGCGGCCUGCUGGCUGCUGCUGCUGACCGCCCUGGCCCCGCUGGCCCGCGCCGACCUCACCUACACCGUGGAGGCGCUGGGCAUCGUGACCUGCUUCGACGUGCUGCCGUGGGGCACGCUGCCCAGCCCGGCCAUGUGGGCCGCCUUCCUCUUCUCGCUCUUCGUCCUGCUCUUCCUGGUGCCCUUCGUGGUCACCGUGGCCUGCUACACGGCCACCAUCCUGAGGCUCCUGCGGACCAGCGACCCGCACGGCCGGGCCCGGCGCCGCCGCGCCGUGGGGCUGGCGGCCGUGGUGCUGCUGGCCUUCGUCACCUGCUUCGCGCCCAACAACUUCGUGCUGCUGGCGCACAUGGUGGGCCGCCUGUUCCUGGGCCGCAGCUACUACCACAUCUACAAGCUCACGCUCUGCCUCAGCUGCCUCAACAACUGCCUCGACCCCUUCGUGUACUACUUCGCCUCCCGCGAGUUCCAGCUGCGGCUGCGGCGUUAUCUGGACUGCUGCCGCCGGGCGCCCGCCGACGACCUGGACGCCCGCAGGGACAGCCUCUUCUCCGCCAGGACGCUGUCCUCGCCCGAGGCCGGCCGCAGCCGCCCCGACAGACGGGAGAGCGAGUUCUGAGCCCGGCCCAGGGCCGCAGCCGCCCGGACAGACGGGAGAGCGAGUUCUGAGCCCGGCCCAGGGCCGCAGCCGACCCGGCAAACGGGAGAGCGAGUUGUCACGUGUGGUAUAGGGAGGAGGGCGUGCCACAGGGUGCCAUGGGUGCCACACGGACGGCUGAACACUAGAUGGCACAGCCUAGACAUUCCCGUCAAUCUCCUGGGCACUGGGGAGAGCUGACGAACCCCCGGGGGCUCCCACCACACGCAGUCCCUUGCGACCCCACCAGACUCAGCCCGGCCUCUGCCUGCUGCUCUUGACCAUGGCCCUACCGGGCUGAGGUCCUGAGGGCGUGCCCGGCCACACAGAGCCGGCCCCCAGGGACCUGCAGGCUGAAGAAGUGACGGGUCAGAACUGUGCACGGUUAAUGCGCUAAGUCCCAAGUUCAAGUUCACAGCAAUCUAUGCCGUCCUGAAACCUUAGGGAUUUGCUGUGGGAUCUUGGACAAGCUUGCUCCAUGCUGGGCCCCAGGGGACCCCGUGCCCAGCAGGCAAGUCACUCUGUUCUCCGCAUGUCUGGGUGGGGGUCAUGGCUCCCCACAAGGGGUAGUGAGGCUGUGGCGACGGACCCUACGAGGCCCCUGGACGAAGCUCACAGAGAGACCAGCCAGGGGGUAGCAGGCUUGCCGUGGCCUGUGCGCCAGCAUCUCCUGCUGGAA